AUGGCGGCUCCCGUUACGACGGCUACGCUCCCUCUGAUGGACACAACACCGACGGCAAUCGUGACCUCCAACAACCUGGGUCCUGGCUGGACUGACAACCUUCUGCCCAACGAUGUGAUUGCCGGCAUCACCAUUGGCACCAUCUUUGGGCUCAUGGUGCUCAUUGUGCUUGCCAUCCUCUAUCGCUACCGCGCAUGGCCCUUUGGCCCUGCUUGCCAAGGAUCACGCCAGCCACGCCCGCGACAAACCUCUGCGCGUGACCACUUGCUCGCAGCCGAGCCCUCGCAGUCUCGCAUCCGCGCUGUCAGCGACACCCACAGUGCCCCGAGUCGGAGUCGGGGCGUCACCCAAACCAGUACCCUCAGCAAUCCGGGUCAGUCGCCCUCGCGCAGUGCGCACCGGCACACCUCGGCCCCGGCACGCCCAGGUGACCCGCAGGCCGCGCAAGCCAAAGCCUUUGACCUGGAGUCGCUUGUUUGA